UAACAUACGCAUUAAGUGAAUUCUUGUUUAGAAAACGGUUUGAGUCCUAUACGCCACAACGGUGCGGUGAAUCUAUUCGAAAUGCGCUUUUGGUUUUCAUUAUACUCGUGCCAUGUUUCAAACUAAUCCUUUGAACCUCCUAAAUCGUACCUAUGCGAACCACUCCUACGCAUCUAAGUGUUUCCAAAUUGAUAUAUGACAAUAUCUACUUUCGAUCACGUGUCUCGGGCGACUUAGACGGAUAGCGCGUCAUCUCGCCUUCCCAAAUUCUCUCCUUCUACAGUGCGAAUCCAAAACAUCUAUCGAACGAGAGAAAGAUGUUUAACUCUGUGAAUCUGGGCAACUUCUGCUCCCAGACGCGCAAAGACAGGACUUCCGAAUUUGGGGACAGAACCGGCUGCGCUUCAAAUAUCUACCUCCCGAGCUGUACCUAUUACGUCCCUGAAUUUUCUGCGGUCUCCUCGUUUCUACCACAGGCCCCAACGCGGCAAAUCACCUACCCUUAUUCCACAAAUCUAUCUCAAGUACAGCCGGUACGGGACGUUUCAUAUGGCUUGGACCCCUCCAGUAAAUGGCACCAUAGGAGCAAUUAUGCAUCCUGCUACACAGGAGAAGACUUGGUGCAUAGGGACUGUCUUCCGCCAUCCACCAUGACAGAAAUGUUUAUGAAAAACGAAAGUGUCUACAGCCAUCACCACCAUCACCAUCCCAGCUCCAAUCAUCCCCCUACAGGUUUUUACUCCGCAGUUGGUAAAAACAACGUACUCCCUCAAGGUUUCGACCGUUUUUUCGAGAGCGCGUACUGCAGUACGGACAGCCAGCAAGAUAACUGCUUGCAAAAGAACGAGGCGCACAAGUUGGAAACGGAGCCCCUGCAGCCCUCCACGCUCUCCGGCGCUGCAGACCCGGAAAAGGAGCCGGAGGAUGAGGAAGAGCGCACUACUUCGGGCUCAUGUGCUUCUUCGGGGACGAAGGACGGCAGCGCAAACAAGAACACUCACUCUAGUACUCCUCGGACGAGAAAGAAGAGAUGUCCAUACUCAAAGUUUCAGAUUCGAGAACUGGAGCGGGAAUUUUUCUUUAACGUUUACAUUAACAAAGAAAAGCGACUUCAGUUGUCCAGAAUGCUGAAUCUCACCGACCGACAGGUCAAAAUUUGGUUCCAGAACCGCAGAAUGAAAGAGAAGAAACUGAGUAGAGAUCGAUUGCAGUAUUUUUCUGGAAAUCCUUUAUUGUGAAGUGAACAAUAAGCCACAGCAGAUGGUGAAAAUAAUAAUUUUACGUAAUUCAGAAACUGUGUUGUUUCAGCACAUUUUCUUUGUGCAUUGUUAUUGAAAUCAUUCUUUCUAACAAAAAUAUAAAGAUACUUUUAAAUGAGACCAUUUCACUUAGUACAACAAUUUGUUAUCAUUGGGUAAAUCUUGUGCUACGACGACAGAAAAACCCUUUUAACCAUUACGAACCCAAAAAAAACAACAAAUGUAAAGGACUGUUUUAUAUUCAAUAACAGAAAAGAACGAUUAACAUUGCAUUGAAUGUGGUUAACGUUUUUGUGUACAUGUGUAUACACAUCGGUGUGUGUGUGUAUAUAUAUAUAUAUAUACACACACACACACACCGAUUUAAUCAAUGCGGUCUGUCAUAUAGUCAUGCUGUUCUCGGUUUGUUUGUUUUUUUUGUGUUGUUGCGUAUUUCCUAUUAUUGCGCAAUAUGAAAUGUUCCAAAAUACAGUUACAAAGCCAAAUAUUUUGUUUGCAAUUUUAUAUUUUCUUCUUGCUUGGUUUUCACUUGGACGUCUACAGUUUAUUGUCCAAUAUAUAAAAAAUACUACGCAAUAUGCACAGUCUCUAUAUUGAAUGUAAAUACAUAUUUUAUGCUGACGGGUUUCCCUUCAAAACUGGUAGUUUUCGUAUAACCCCUAAAACAAUGCUUGAUGUUUUCUUGACUUGCAAUACGGGACGAAGAAUCCACCUAUGGUACACAUACUGUGGAAAUAACUUAAAAUAAAAGAAAUCUGAAAAUCUGA